CUGGGCCCGGAUAGUGAAACGAAAGCCAUCUUUGUCGACGAGUCCACGUGCAUCGGCUGCCGCGCGUGCGUCACGUGGGCGGCGGGGACGUUCGAGAUGGUGGAGGACCAGAACGCGGGCAGGGCGAGAUGCACGCGACAGUGGAACGACGACGAGGAGACGAUGCAGAUCGCGGUGGAGAUGUGCCCGGUGGACUGCAUAUACUGGGUGAAGCGAUCGCAGCUGGCCAUCCUCGAG